CAGAGUAAAGUCAAAUCACAAAAUUGCGCAAAGUAUAACAUACAUAAACUUAAUUAAACAUAAGAACAGAUAAGACGUCUAGAGCCUUGUCGGUGACAUGGACGCCGCUGUUGGCUUGGAACAGCUAUUUGCUGUGCAUAGGGACGUGCCCGCGUUAGCCGUGUUGCAACAGCUCAGGAUGGAUUUCAGCCAGCAACAGCCUCAAGAGCUGCUGCACAACCACCGGGAAUGUCUUCAGUUGGGCACGUGUAGUUUUGGUCGGCGGGGUCGAGCAUGUACACAUUGCGCACAGAAACCAAGGUGCAGUGUCUCUGUAACAUCGCCAACAUAUCCGCACUACCACCAACCGCCCAGACACCGCCCUCCUUGGACGACCGUCUUGCGGCGCUAUGCAACCGAAUCACCUCCUUCUUCCCGUUCUGGGUCGUCCUAGCGGCAGCUGCGGCGCUGUGGCGCCCCGAACUCUUCACUUGGUUGCCCACCGGCUUCAUCACCUGGGGUUUGGCGCUGACCAUGCUGGGUAUGGGCCUCACCAUGCGGCUGUCCGACUUCGGUGACGUGUUUCGCCGCAUGCCACAGCUGCUACUGCUGGGUAUGGCCCUUCAGUACACGGUCAUGCCGGCGCUGGGCUGGCUGUUCUCUAGGCACGCGGGGCUGCCAGCAUCGCUGGCGGUGGGUAUUGCGGUGCUGUCGGCAUGUCCGGGAGGUACGGCAUCCAACAUCGUGGCUUUCCUGGCGCGAGGAGAGAUGGCGCUGUCCAUCCUCAUGACGGCCGCCUCCACCCUGGCCGCUGUGGUGGCUACACCCACCAUCACGGCGGCGCUGGCCGGGACCCUGGUGCCCGUGGAUGCCAGGGGGCUGUUCCUGUCAACCGUGCAGGUGGUCCUGCUCCCCGUGCUGUCCGGCUGCCUGGCCAACCAGUACUUCCCCUCCGCCGUGUCCCGCAUCUCCCGCUACACCCCGGCUGUAGCCACCCUGCUGGUGGCGGUCAUAGUGGGCACCACUCUGGCUGGCAGUGCGAGGGCAGUGGUGGCCAGUGGACCCGCGCUGGUUGGGGCGGUGGCGGGGCUGCAUGCAUCGGGAUUCCUUCUAGGGUACGUCAUUUCCAAGGCGCUCGGCCUGUCGGACAAGAUCUGCCGUACAAUGUCUAUCGAGGUGGGUAUGCAGAACAGCACGCUGGGUGCCGUACUGGCGGCGCUGCACUUCGCCGACCCCCUCACUGCAGCUCCGUGCGCCGUCAGCGCCUGCACGCACAGCGUCAUGGGGUCCGCGCUGGCGGCGUACUGGCAGCGGACAGCGCCUAGGGAGGAGCAGGAGGGGCGGGGGGAGGCGUACGAGAUUCUUGAGCUGUACUUGGAGCUACUGACGGUUCGAACGCAGCUGCUCGCCAAGACCAAAGAGCUGCCGCGCGACAUGAUGGAGGCUGUGAGCAGCAUCAUCUACGCAGCUCAGCGCAUCAGCGACCUGCCUGAGCUCGCCACGUUGCGGGACCUCUUCGUUGGCAAGUACGGCAAGGAGUACGCGGCGGAGGCGGCAUCGGACGCCGCCGCUUCUAAAUGGCAGGUGAACGCCAACCUCAUUCGGUGCCUUCUGGUGGAGCCCCCUCAGCCCGAAGAGAAGCUGGAGAUGCUAUCCGAGAUCGCUCAGGAGCACGGCGUCGAGUGGGAUCUCUCGGCCGCGGCGCGGGAAAUGGGUGUGGGCCUGGGGGUCGCGGCAGGGGGGGCCGGUGGUGGCCUGGGGUUACCGCACGGCGGUAGUACCAUCGGCGAGCCUGCACCGGCAAAGGCAAAGGCAGCGGCGGCGGCGAUGGCGGCAGUCGGAGCACCUGGGCCGCCGUACCCUGUCAUCUUUCCAGAACAGUCGCCGCCUGCCACGGGGGGGGUGUCUGGAUUGAACCUCGGCGUGCAGUACACUAGCGCGCAGCAGGCCGCCGCCGCGGCGGCACAGGCAGCGGCGCAAGCCAGCGCGGCGGCGCAAUUCGCAGCGCAGAUGGCGGCUGCGGCACAGGAGCGGCAAAGACGCCUACAGGGCGCUGCCUAUGCCGCCGCCCUCGCCGGUAACUCCAACGGUAACGGUAACUGCCCAUCGGUUGCUGAGCAGGCCUGGCAGGCCCCCCACCCAGCUACGAUCCCCGAGGUACCGCCAAGCGAUGGAGCCGUGUACGGGUUGCCGGCACCGCGGGCCCCGGUGCUGGCGCAGUCCACGCCAUCGCCGCCACAGGUGCCGUCGCCGCCGCAUGCUGACGCGCUGAUGCCAGAGGAGGACGAGGCGGCGAUUGCGGCGCCGGCGGCUCCACCACCCGCUAGCAGCGGCGGCGGUGCGUCGUCCACCGUUAGCUCGGCGGGUGGUUAUCUUGUCCGGAGCAAUUCGGAAAUCCAGCGAGCCUAUGACGCGGCGAAUGGCCCGCCAUCCAAGGGUGGGACUGUUGCGACGGCACCGCCGUCGCCGCCGCCGUCUGUUGUUGCACCGGUAUUAAUGCCGCCGCCGCCGCCGUCAGAGAAGCAGCUGUCGCCCUCCGCACCGCCGCCACAGCCGCCGCCCAAGGCAGCCGGACGUCACAACCUGAACAACGUAAUGGGUUUUAAGGACUGCGCCGCGAGAAGGAAGGAUGUGCGCUGA